CUUUCCUCUACAUAUCAUGAGAACGUGUUUGAUGGGAUAAGGAAAGCAUUAGACAAAAUAACUAGACUUUUGGUGUUUCGCAUACACCCAUUUUAGAGAUGACGGAGCAAGCCGGAUAGGACAAGUCCAAGCAAUGCUGGAGUUCAAAGGGAAGAGGCAUGAGGAGCACUUCCAGGUCUUCUUUGCCGAGCAGCAUCUGAUAUGGGACCUGUCCGUGUGCUUGGUGGGCUGGAUGCAAUACAUACCGGUCAUGAUCAAUCUGUGGCGGAACUGGAACAUCAGGAACCCCCUUUGGCAUGCAGCCUUUCUGCUGCUCUAUACUUCAGAAAAGAUGAUGCCGACAGCCUUGAUAUGUCUGUUCAGCAAGUUCUACAUCAGGCACCGCACGGUCUUGAUGGGCGUUGUGCGCUUGUUGGAGAUGUUCACUACCGACGCCUACCUCUCCUUCUGGAAGGACUUCUCUGACAAGGGCUCCUGCUUCGAGUGGUCCUUGCUCGCCUUGGUCUUCGCCAACAAUUGGAUUUCUGCAGCACAAUGGUGUGCAGCAGCGGAUCCCUUGCAGUUGACAUGAGUCUAUGCUAUUGGGAGGAAAGGGCAUAGCUAAGCGCACCUUCCCAGCAAGAUGAGAAAGACAAGGCUAUGCCAUGUUGUGUGUCAGUGUGCGUGGCUUCAUGUCUGGGCUCAGCACGAGCAUGUCCUUGCUAAG